UGGCCCAUGAUGGGAGAGAGAGCGAUUCGACCAAAAAAAAACUGUGUAGCAACUAACAACAGAACAGUGCGCACGACAAGAAGAAAAGCAAGCAUUGGCCGAAAAGAGAAGAAGAAAGAGCUGUGGCAGUGAACGUUGGCACUGUUUCUGAAAUUUUAGAAGAAGAUUGAAAUAAGAAACAGAAGCAAAAAUGAAGAUGUUAAACUCGUUCAACGCUAAGAGAGCUGCAGCUGGAAUUAGACGCAUUAAUCUUGAUGGUCUCCGAUGGCGGGUUUUUGAUGCCAAGGGCCAGAUCCUUGGGAGGUUAGCAUCUAAAAUAGCUACUGUAGUUAUGGGAAAGGAUAAGCCAACUUAUACUCCUAAUCGUGAUGAUGGAGAUAUGUGCAUUGUGCUUAAUGCCAAGGAUAUUGCUGUUACUGGAAGAAAACUUACAGACAAGGUCUACUACUGGCAUACAGGGUAUAUUGGCCACCUUAAGAAAAGAGUUCUGAAGGAUCAGAUGGCCAAAGACCCUACAGAUGUUAUUCGCAAAGCUGUUCUGCGCAUGCUGCCUAAAAACAACUUACGUGAUGAUAGGGACCGGAAAUUAAGGAUCUUUCCUGGCAGUGAGCACCCUUUUGCUGAUCGGCCACUUGAACCUUAUGUGAUGCCUCCUAGGACAGUACGAGAAAUGAGACCAAGAGCAAGGCGUGCAAUGAUUCGAGCACAGAAAAAGGCGGAGCAGCAACAAGAGAAUGCUGAGCAGCGACAGAAUGCUGAAGAUAUGAAGAAUGGAAAAAAGAGUGAAGCACAGGAAGAGAGUGCAUGAAAACACUAUUUCCUCAUGGGGAUUGGUGCUGACCUAUGGGUUAUCCUUUGAAUGAGAAGUAGGCUUUAUCUGUUUUCUUUUAGCAAGUCCUAUAAUGUAAUACUGAACUGUGUUUGAAUUAUUUUGUUUUAAGGUCUCCUAGUAAGAGUGUUGUUAAGAAGAAACUGUGUGUAUUACACAAUCUUGCAUCUUUUUGUGAUAAUGCUUCAAGUUCAAGCCAGAAAGUUUAAAUCAUCAGACUACCAUUUUGGCAUUCUAAAGGUACAUUUGGCAAUUGACAUCAUUUUUUUGGGACUAAA